AUGCGGUGGAAAGAGGAACAUCGUCUGACUCCAAAGCAAUGUACCUAUACUUCGCCUCACGAUGUCUGCUCCAUUCGCAAGUACAUCUGCAGAGUGCCGUUUCCACGCAGUUGCACAUGGCAUCAAAGCGACCCUGUCUAUGGUCAGAAGUAUGGAAAGCUUCUGGCCAAAUACUUACGAGUUACUCAACUGGGGAAGAGCCAAGCUCAAUUGCUUCCUCAACCACUACCCGUUAUUUUAGCAUCCUCCGCAAUAGUUCCCUGA